AUGUUAAUCACAUCAGACUCGUCGUUUUUGGCACACCGGAGCCUCCACGUAUGGAAAAAGAUCGGCCAGGGGUCUUUUUCCAAGGUCUACCUGUCCAAAUUUGGAGACGCCGAGAACAAUUCAGGCAAACUGAUGGCGACAAAAGUGAUCAACAAGAACCGCGUUUCCACUAAGUUUGUGGAAAAGUUCUUACCCCGUGAACUAGACGUGAUGCUCAAACUCAGACAUCCGUAUAUAGUGAAGGUGUACAGCGUGUUCCAGAACGGCUACAAGAUCUACAUAAAUAUGGAGUACGCGGAGAACGGCGACAUGUUCAAGUACCUCCAGAAGAUGGAGCUGACCGAGGCACAAAUCCGCUCGUGGUUGUUGCAGAUCCUGUGCGCGUUCUCGUACAUGCAUGGUGUGGGGGUGGUGCACAGGGACCUGAAGUGCGAGAAUAUACUGUUGACCAGUAGAUACAACUUGCGGAUAGCCGACUUCGGGUUCGCCAGGUUCGUGGACCGAGGACGAAAUCCUGGGGCGGACACGGUGUGCGGCACGAUGACCUACUCGGCGCCCGAGCUCCUGUACGGCGAGCGACCUUACAACCCGGUGGCCGUGGACGUGUGGGCGAUCGGCGUCGUGCUGUUCAUAAUGUGCAACAACGUGCCGCCGUUCCGGAAGAGCCACAAGAAAGAGAUGCACAGGAAACAGAUGGAUAAACAUUUUGCAUUUCGAAGGUCGUCGGGUCGAAGUAGAACGCUGAUAGAUUUGACUAACACGUUCUUGGAGCCUAAUGUUCUGAAGCGCACAAAAAUCAAGACAGCUUUGCAACAUCCCUGGAUCAAAGAAGGCAAUAUCAAAAUGCCCGCGGAUGUGGCCAUAGCAAACGAAACGAUCACGGCCAGUAUAAGCGAACCAAUAAUAACAGAGACUUCAUUGAGGGUACCUGAAUUUCAUUACCAGUUACCGGAAUACGAGAAAUCAAUUAGUACCGACAACGAGUUGUUCACAGCAGUUGUAGAGGAAAUCGAGGUUUUUGAACCUAAAACAUUGAAACUGAAGAAAUGA